CGGCCGGCUGUCAGUCACGCGCCUCUGGGCCCUUCCGGAUGGGUGGGGCGAGGAGGGGGUGCGCGGGGCCGGGCGGCAGGACCUAGCUGUAGGGCUUCGUAGAGCCUCCCGAGAGGGUGAUGAACACGUCUCGGGAGUGACGCCUCGCCAGCAGCAGCCGUUGCACACACUGCCCAAGCGCUGUGGAGUUUUUGGUGGGUUAGCCAAGAGGUUGUCUUCCCGAUGAAGAUCGGAGCCACCCCUCUGUCUCCUCUCGAGCAGCUGCUUCCGAUGCAAUGAGUAACACGACCACUCCCACCUCUGCCGGCACCUCCAGUGACUCCUUGGUAGGGUACAUCCUGGUGCCCUUCUUCCUCAUCACCGUCAUCGGCAUCGUUGUGGUGGUGAUGAUGUACAUUCAGAAGAAGAGGAGGUUUGACAGGUUACGUCACCACUUGUUACCGAUGUACAGCUACGACCCCGCAGAGGACCUGCACGAGGCUGAACAGGAGCUGCUGGGGGAUCCAGACGACACCAAGGUGAUGCGAGGCUGGGGUGGAUAUCAGCCCCAUCGGACUCCGCUCAUGGACAUGAAAGCAUAAUGCAGCUCGGAGACCAGUGCCCAGGCGAUGUACUAAUCACCUCCACCCCUCUCCCUUCUUGUUGAUUUCUGUGCUAAUGUCAAGUCCUCCCACAUGGAGUUAAUUGUUUAAAGCUCCAACCUCCGUUUUGCUCGACUUCUGCCCCCCUCUCCCUGUUCUGCCCUUUACAAGGUACGGCGUGUGGGCGUAGUCCCUGCCAGCUUUAGCUUCCGAGUGCUGUCAGAUGGUGCUGCCCCUGAGCAUUCCUGCCGGCGAAGCACUGGCGGCAUGGGCUGAGUCUUGGGUUUGCACGUUUUGACCAGGAACAGCUCUUUCCUCCUCUUGGUUGCGGAUAUAAAACCCUCUGAGCCUUUUCACACGGGCCCAGAAGAGAGGCUGUCGAUCCUGAGAGUGUGUUGGUGAAACUCCAUCGCUGGGUGGCUCAAAGACUCAGCCCCAAUAAACCCAGUUAUCACAACCUCCCCUUCAGUAUAAGCCAUUUAAAACCAACGCAGUUGUAGUAUUGCAGAUGCAUCUGCUGACUGCACAGAGAACAAACCUCCUGCCAUGCUGCCUAUCUAUCGAUGCACAUCUUGGGCGUGUUACUUUGCAUGGGGCAGUCCCAUGCACAAAUCUGAUUAUUGUAUCUCUUGCUCGCUCUGUAUGGGGACCUAGUUUAAUGGAACCUUUGCUGCGAUCUUGAAAUAGCUGACAGCAAGCAUGUUUCCUUCAGCCCUGCAAAAGGCCAUUCAGAUGGGUGCAUUUGAAACAGUCCUUUGAUUCUAGUCACCCCAGGGCAGGGAUGGGUACAGUUUGGCUAUGCAGUAAAAAGAGGGUGAGUUGAGCAGAGCAAAACUGUCUUUGCAUUCAGCCAAGAGGCCUUAUGUAUUUGCCAAGGAGGAGAAGUCUUCCUGGCACAAAAGCUACUGGAUAGUAAAACAACCGAACUUUGUAAUUCAGCAAGGUGGAUCUUUCUAUGUGGCUGAUUUUUGUAUUCAAUAGUAGCUCAUCUCUAUAUUUUGUAAAUAAAAAGGCACCGUGAAUGUG